AAGUAUGUUGGAGAAUCCAACACAGGUGCUAUUCUUGUUUUCCAGAUCCAUGUAUUUUGGACGGGAUGUUGUGUGACAAAACAAGACGAAGCUGAACUGAAAGAACUUGAAUUUUCGAGCUUUGCUAUAUCAACUAUUCAUGAUAUCAAGGGUGGAUUCAUGAAUCGUUCGCAAGAAUGCCCACUUGAAUACUAA